AUGGCAUUGCCUCCGAAGAUUUUGAUCGUGGGUGGUGGGGUUUUUGGCUUAUCAACAGCCCUCUCCCUCUCCCAACGACACCCAAACAGCCAAGUCACUGUCCUCGAAGCCUCCCCCGUAAUCCCCAACCCGCACGGCUCCUCCGUCGACACCUCGCGCAUCGUGCGAGCCGACUACUCCAACGCAACCUACGCAAACCUCGCCGCUGAGGCUGUCGAGCGCUGGCGCACCACUGAAUGGGGCGCUGAAGGUCGAUACACCCAGAAUGGAUUAGCCCUGGUAUACCCCGCCGGAAAAGAGUACGAGGUGACCAAGAACUACGUGGAGAACAGCUACAACAACGUCAAGACCAUCUACGGCGACGAGGUCGAAUGGCUACCUAGCAAGACCGACGUGCUGCGGGCUGCCCCAGCCUUCGGAUCACAGCUGAAUGUAGCAGGCGGCUACGUGAAUUGGGGAUCUGGCUGGUCCGACGCCGAGGCGGGAGUCCGAUACGUCAAGCAGCGACUCGACGCCGACGGCAAGGUUCUCUUCCAAACAGGCGAACUCGAGCGCAUCCUCUUCGACGAUACUGGCAAAGCCACAGGCGUCGUCCUGUCCGACAACACCACCCUCACAGCCGACCUAGUUGUGCUAGCCACCGGCGCCUGGACGGCAAAGCUCGUCGACCUUCGCGGCCGCGCCAUCUCAACCGGUCAAGCAAUCGCCUACAUGACCAUCACAGACGAGGAACAAGAACGGCUCGCUCACAUGCCCACCCUCCUCAACUUCGCCACAGGAAUGUUCAUCAUCCCGCCGCGGAAUAACCUGCUCAAAAUCGCCCGCCACGCCUACGGCUACCAUAACCCCAAGGCCGUGCCGGUGCCGGGCUCCAAGGACGAAAAGAUGGAGGUUAGUCUCCCGGAGACGGGGGUGCCGAUUCCCCUCGAGGGAGAGGAGGCGUUCAGGGAUGCGCUGAAGCAGUUACUGCCCGGUUUUGCGGAUAGGCCGUUUGUCGAUUCGCGAAUCUGCUGGUACACGGAUACUCCCAAAGGCGACUUCAUCGUAACCUACCACCCUAACCACCCCGGUCUGUUCCUCGCUACCGGCGGCAGCGGUCACGCAUACAAGUUCUUCCCCGUCAUUGGCGACAAAGUCGUCGAUGCUCUGGAGGGUACUCUCGAGUCUGGCCUGUGUGAUCUCUGGGCAUGGCCUGCGCCUCAGGAUAGCGCUGCGUUUGAUGGGACCGAGGAUGGAAGUCGGUCUGGAGCAAAGGGUCUUUUGUUGAUGGAGGAGUUGGCCAAGUCGAAGAAGGCACGAAGAGGUAGUGUUUUGUAA